ACGGCGAUUUCUGUCGUGUUGCUUGGCGUCUUGCACAAAUGGCCUGUCCAUUGACACAAUGUCACAACGUAGAUCAUGUGUUUGUGCAGGCUGAUGUCGAGGCAGCAAUUCAACAAGUAAAGGAAGCCAAGCGUCAGAGGACCAAUCCUAAGAUUCAUUCGGUAGACAUCCAGGCAAAACUGAGAGAUGAACAUCGUUCAUCCAGCAAAGAGAAUCGUCUACAGUUGCUGCUGAAACACCGUUCCAUUCUGAAAGAAGUCUGCUCGAAAGAAAUCACUGAUGAAGACUUGGAGGCUCCACGUGGGUCAGCACACAGCUUGUUCCAACUUUACGACGUGUUCGCUGAAGACAAGGAGAAAGACGAUGACACAAAAGAAAAUGAGGACCUCGAGAAAAAGAAAUCAGAAAUUGCAUGCAACAAUGUCCCCAUGGUGAGAGAAGCUGCCAAGGAGGAAAAAGUGGAUGGAGAUUAUGUUUACGAUGUCUACUACAACAAUGUCCACUGCAACUUCAUUAGAGAUGAUGAGUUCUGCCUGUUCCGCUGCGGACCACCAAACGCCUUUGCCCCUGAGCAUGACUUUGCUUAUGACUCUGACCCAGAGUUUGAUGCAUGCAAUGAAGAGGACAGCGACAGCAAUGCUGAGGAUAACUGGCGGAAUGACUACCCUGAAGAUCCAGAGAUCCUAAAACAGUACGACAUGUACGCAGAAAAUUUUGAAGAAAUGGUUACAAGCUCUGUGAGGGAGCAGCUCAAUGGCCUGAACCUGGUCUUCAGUGAUGAUGAUGAUGAUGGGGUGGACCUGGAGGACUAAGCAGUUGCAUCAUUUCCUCAAAAGCCGUUUUUUUUUU